AUGAACAUUCAAGAAACUUCGGCGAAGGCCUCUCUGGACAUGACAACUUUAUUUCACACCGACAUAUGGUUCAAGGACGGGAACAUCGUACUUAUCGCUGGGUCUUUUGCAUUCAAGGUUCAUAGUGGGCAAUUAGAGCGCCACUCGGAAAUGUUCGCUGGAAUGCUCGAUGUCCCCCAACCUACAGUGCAAGACGUGUUAGAUGAAUGUCCAGUAGUCGAAAUGCACGAUAGCCCAGAUGAUCUGUACCACUUUUUGAUUGCGUUGUAUGAUGGAUUGCAAGUUCCCUUCCCUCGCCCAGUCAUGUUUGCCCAUCUUGCCGCCGUCCUUCGCAUAUCUACCAAGUAUAUCGUUUCGCAUCUUCGACAUCAAUGUUUAGCACGCCUCAAAUCUGAUUGGCCCUCUACCCUAGAAGGCUGGGAUGCCAGAGAGAAUCAAGCUUCGAGCCCCAGAGGAUGCUACUCUCCCCGGCAAUAUACAGCACAUCCUAUUCUCGUCAUCGAGCUCGCUAUAGAAUUCGGUCUGAACGAAAUCUUACCUAGCGCAUUCUACGAUUUAUCAAGAUACGGUCCAAGCAAGAUUAUGUAUGGAACUCCUGGGAUCGGGUCUGUCUUGAGUUCUCCAGGUAUCGAACCUCGCCCCGUUUGUCUGUCCAAUCAACUCCUGGUACGCACUCUUCAAGGCCGCGAAUUAGCACAAAACUAUCUCAUCAAUUUUCUCUCAUUGCAUCUGGAAACUCGUCAACCGUCUUCCGGAUGCUGGUAUCGUAACUCGUCUCCUCCGUCCAAAGCACACCCGUGCGCUCAAGCCUUUCAGCAAAUGUAUAUUGACAUCUUCCGAUGCAUUGGAGGAGUAUCUAUCGGACGUGAUGCGGAUCCUUUAUUCACACUUUCCCAGGGAAUGGAUCGAUUAACGAGGCCAGAUAAGAGUGAAGGCGAACGGGCUAAAACUUUGAUUUGCGGAUCGUGCAAAGUAGAGCUUCUCAGCGAUUGUACAAAGGGUCGGGAAGCUGCUUGGGCUCUUAUACCUGAAUGGUUCGGACUCGUUGAGGAAUCAAAGGAUGUGAGCAAUGAUGAGAAUCGUGUUGACUAG